CUUAGCAGUAGUACUUCUUCAUGAUCAGUACUGUACGUAGGGGAGUAGUGAGAGAAAGCAAGCUGCAGAGCGAGAGCUAAUUCAGUCAUGUCCAGCCGACGAUCAAGAACUUCGAUUAAUGUAGCAGAUGAUCAAGAGAUCAUUGAAAAUCUGGUUUUUAAACUACAGUCAUUGCUUCCUGAUCAGCCUAAUCAAAGGCACAAAGAACCGGUGUCAGCCUCUAAGAUUUUGAAUGAAAUUUGCACUUAUAUCAAGAGCUUACAAAAAGAGGCUGAUGACCUGAGUGAAAGACUCUCUCGACAGCUGCAUUCUGUCGACACCACUGGUGAUGUUGAUGUUGUUGAUGUAGAGUUUAUUAGAAGACUUUUGCAACACUAAAGCUCCUCUCUCUCUCUCUCUCUCAAUUAUUCAGGAGUACUAGUCCUGCAUGCAGUUGGACAUGGAAAUCAAUAUGUAUUUUCUUGCUAAUAAGUAUUUUCAUGCAUGCACCCAGUUGGACAUGAUGCAUUACAAA